UUCAUCGAAACGAUCAAACGGCUAGUAAAAGUGCCUAGAGGUAGUGCUUACCGGUUUCUCGUCCCCUCUGCUCUCUCUUUGUUUUUUCCCUUUUCCUCUCUCUAGUCUCUACAAUGAAGAUAGCAAAGUAGAACAUGCAGGUCAUGUAUGCCUUUUAUCUACAAAAUUUCCAUCUUCUGCAAAAUCAAGAAAAGGUGAAAGACGGAGUGUGAGAUUUUCAACAAAACCGCUACUGUUUUUAAAGCAACAAAGUGAAAGGGAGGGAGGGAGGGGAGGAGGGGAAAGCUCUCCUUCCCAGAGGUGAGAAGGAAAAGAGAGACAGGGACUCGAUAAAGGAACGGAAAGGCUUAAGAAUAAAGCGCCUUAACAAAAUCAGAAAAAGAGGAAAAUGGUGGGAAUCUUUCUCCGCUUCACACUGUGCAGACGAUCCUACAGAGCCAAUCCCCCCCAACCUACCCCUCUCUCCCUAAUUUCUACUCCUUUUCAUGCUUGCUGUCUUUAUCUCUUCGUUUUUUCGUUGUCCGUCCUCGUUCUCUGUCUCUCUCAAUCACACGCAGACAAAGUUGGAUUUGUUGUGCUCCUGUCCUGAUCUUAUGAACCCUUCUAGGGGAUUAUCACGUGGAGAUGCUUUCGAUGGAGGGGAAAAUGAAGUUCCAUUGACAGAUGAGGAAACCAGAGAGGCAAGAUACAGGAUCGGUACGGGUUGGCACCGUCUUGGGGUUGAAGCUGUAAACAUGGAAUUCUGGCCAGUAGAACACCCAAUGGAACCACCCGAUGAAGAUCGGCCUGUGAAAUGCCCAAUGCCACACUCGUCACCUCUCAACUACUUUAGAUUAGUUGCUCACCGUCCAACUAAUUCAGUUCUUUGUUAUCCUGGCAUUCUCUUGGGCUUUCAAUGGCAGGAUUGGGGAUUGAGGACGGGUAUUUCAGGAAUACUAGAUGGUGGCACGAAUGAUAGAAGAUUUUCUGAAAGCUUGCGGAAAAGGUCAGAAGUACCAGAUUUGUUAAGCACAGAAGGCGUGGAUGGUGCCGAUGUAAGGCCUCAUGUUCAAGCAGUGCGCAAAAGGCAACACACUCUUACCCAUGGAGACCAGACCCCUGUGAUGAGAAUGCAACCUCUUCCCCCAACGCAGAAUAUUACCGUCUUUCAAAUGCUGCAGCAGUUUGACGAGUUUGAAUCUUAAUAAAGUAUAAUGAACUAUUCGGUCCCAAGCUUGUCUCAUUUAACAUUAGGAAGUUGUGAAAAAUUCGUCUUGAUUACCAAAUGGUGUGGCUGAUUUAGAACAAGACAAAUCCUUGAUACAUGUAGCAAAGUCUUGUAACGCUAUAACUAUUUUUGAAUCAUAAUUUUGUAUAGAAAAAUUAUAUACUCCACACUA